AUGCAGACCGGGUUCGAGUUAUUUACCGUCAAGUCGUUAACCGAACUGGAACCCAUGUUCCCCCUCAAUCAAGACGUCAGCACCGGACAUGUGGUACCCGUGGGUUUCAUUCACGGUGGGAAUGCGGUUGUAGGAGGGACGUCAGACGGCCAGAUGUAUGUAUGGGAUAUCUUUUCUCGGCGAAAGCAGCAGCUAUCGUUCGAUGGUCCAGUACGCGUGUUGGCAGUUGCAGGUCGGUACGAUGACAACAGUGAUACCUUCUUUAUUGCUACGGGCGUCUUCAACCGCGGCUCGCCGUCUCCGAUCGUCAUUUGGAAGGCCCAAGAGUUUUGUGACGCCCAGGGGAAACCCGCUGGCAGGAACAUUGUCUUCACGAUAGUUUGGUGGUCUGUUACAUUGCUAUUUGCGAUCUUUGCGAUCUUGUUCUCGGUCGAGCUCUUCCAUGCCGUUGUUCUGUAG